AUGGCUGAGGCCGACCUCUGGGGGCGCGGGCCUGGCUCUGAGGGUGCCAUGGCUGAGGCCGACCUCUGGGGGUGCGGGCCUGGCUCUGAGGGUGCCAUGGCUGAGGCCGACCUCUGGGGGCGCGGGCCUGGCUCUGAGGGUGCCAUGGCUGAGGCCGACCUCUGGGGGCGUGGGCCUGGCUCUGAGGGUGCCAUGGCUGAGGCCGACCUCUGGGGGCGUGGGCCUGGCUCUGAGGGUGCCAUGGCUGAGGCCGACCUCUGGGGGCGCGGGCCUGGCUCUGAGGGUGCCAUGGCUGAGGCCGACCUCUGGGGGUGCGGGCCUGGCUCUGAGGGUGCCAUGGCUGAGGCCGACCUCUGGGGUGCGGGCCUGGCUCUGAGGGGUGCCAUGGCUGAGGCCGACCUCUGGGGGUGCGGGCCUGGCUCUGAGGGUGCCAUGGCUGAGGCCGACCUCUGGGGGUGCGGGCCUGGCUCUGAGGGUGCCAUGGCUGAGGCCGACCUCUGGGGGCGCGGGCAGCCGGAGACGACGGCCGCCGCCGGGAGCCCGAGUUAG